AAUUUCUUGGUUCUAAUAAUUCUCCGAAAUGGCAACUCGUAAACGUAGAGCGAAGGAGGUAGAGAAAGAGGAAGUGAAAGUUACUAAGAGAGGAAGAAGAGUUAAGAAAGUUAAUUAUGAUGAUAUCUUCUCUGAGAGUUCAUCUUCAGAAGAGAUGAUAGAUACUAGGAAAAGGAAACAGGAGGAUUCAGAUCAGGAAUUUAAUGUGGAUGUUGGACCACAAGAGUCAUCUUCUGAGGAAUCUGUGUAUUCAGAGAAUUCAGAGCCUGGCAAUGAUCUUGCUAAUGAGGGAUCUGUUGGAAAGAAAAAGAAGCUACAAGCUAAAGGAAAAACUAAGGCAUCAAUCAAAAAUCCUAAAGAAGAAAUCAAGAUGAAGGCUAAUGAUAGCACGACCAAUGUCUCAUGUGGCGGCUUUUCCCGUUCUAGUAAUCCAAUGAUUCCUACAAUCAUCAAAAAUCCAAGAACUCCGAAGAAAACUCCAUUUGGCUUGGAUGAAGAUGUGGAAGAAAUUGAUGGACAAAAAGUGCCGGAUUUUAUCAGGAAAGAGUUUAUUAGGGACAAAAACCUUAAAAAACCUGAUGAUAUUGAGUACGAUCCAUCAACUGUCGAUAUUCCAAAAGAGAUGUACGAUAAACUAACUCCAAUGCAGAAGCAAUAUUGGGACAUCAAAAGAGAUCACUUUGAUAGUGUGGUCCUCUGGAGAAAAGGAGAUUGGUAUAUUGUGCUCUAUCAUGAUAUCCAUGCUCUCAAUUCUACUUCUGAUAGUCUUCCAAGGACUUUUCAUAAUGAGCCUGGGUUUUAUCAGAACAAAUGAGAUCAUUAUAUCUCAGAACUGAUUAAAAAUGGAUACAAAGUUAUCAGAGUAGAACAGACCGAAACUCAUGAGCAAAUGAAGCAAAGAGUAGCUGAAAGAAAGAAGGAAAUUCAAAAGAAAGGAAUCAAGAAAGAUAAAAUAAAAAAAUCUGACCCUGUCCUUGAAACUUGUGUUGGGAGAGAAAUAGCUGCUAAGUAUACAAAAGGAACCUAUCAGAAGCCAGUUCCCAUUGCAGACUUCCUUGAAGGGAAAGAAGAUAAUGAUGAAGAACUUGAUACAAAAUAUGUGCUCCUCUAUCUAUACGAUGAGGAGAAGAAUACAUUUGGGGUGACAUACUUUGAUAUUACUACUCUCCAGUUUUCUAUUGGUCAAUUUCAAGAUGACUCUAUGAAAAACAAAUUCAGAACACUAAUCACAAGAAUUCGACCUGUAGAGGUCUUAUGUGAGGCAAAGUUUAUGAAGUCUGAUAUGAGCAAAAUGCUGAGAAGUUCACCUAUUCCUCCAACCUUUUCUAAUAUCACUGCUCAAGAAAAGAUUGACUAUCUUGCAUCAAAAGAUAUUAUUGAGUUCUAUCUAAAAUCAGAGUCAGGAAAAAUGCCGAAGUUAAUCCAGAAAGCGAUGGAGAAUAGCGAUGAUUAUUCACUUGCCCUAUCAGCCCUUGGAAAUUCUAUCAAAUACUUACAAUUCCUUAUGAUCGCAGACAAGACUGUUCCUCUAGCUGAGUUUUAUGAGUACUCUCAUGAAAGAAGUACAACAUUAGGAGAUCGUCAGAAAAAUUCAGCAAUGAUUUUAGAUGCUCAGGCUCUUGAAAACUUAGAGAUACUUGAAGUCCAAGGCAAGCUGUCAAGGAUUCAUGAAGGAUCUCUUCUCCACCACGUAGAUAGGUGCUCUACUAAGUUCGGUAAAAGACUUCUCAAGAAAUGGAUAUGCUCUCCUCUUUUUGAUGACAAGAAACUUAUUGGAAGACAUGAUGCUGUUGAGUAUCUAGUUAAGCAUGAUACUCUCUUGAAUAAAUUCAAAAAGAAGAUGAGGAAAUAUGCAGAUCUAGAGAGAUACCUUUGCAGAAUUUAUAAAUACAGUAUCAGCACAAAUUCAAACGCAAUAUAUGUAAAUGAGAACUCACUGAGUAGACUUGAUGAACUUUAUAUUUUGCUUUCUCAAUUAGAGGAUAUUACAAAGGACAUCUCUGAAAUCUUUGGAGAUCACAAAGAUAUCUCCGCUCAUAGGCUAAAGGCUUUGGUUACCUUCCAACCAAGAGAGUAUUCCAAAGGCUUUGGAACCAAAAAGAUAAAGAAGAAGAUCAAAAAUAAGUACAAGAAAGAGGAGACUAAAGUAAUUCCAAGAGAGGAAUCAAAGCAAGAGAUCAAAGAUGGAGACAUGAAUGCUGACUCAGAGGAAGAUGAAAAGGAAGCUCAAAAAUAUAAAGAUGAAUUAAACAACCGGCUUGAAAGUGAUGGGAUUCUGCCAGAUAUUAGACCAGAACUUGAAACUUUCAGGAAAGUGAUAACUUGGAAGACUAUUGGAAAGAAAAAAUUUCCAGAGCCUACUAAAGGACUCAGUGAGGACUUUGAUAAUGCUAAUGAGAAAGUAGAACAAUUAAAAGCAUCGAUUUCAAAUUGAUUAGAAAAGGCUAGAAAAGAACUGAAAAACAAAACAAUGAAAUUCAAUACGGCAUCUAAAGCAAAUAGAUUUGAAUUCGAGCUUCCAAUAUCAAGAAAGGAGAAUCUUCCUUCAGAAUAUUUUGUCACUAGUAAAUCAAAGAAAUUUGUGAGGUUUCAGAAUGACGAACUUAAAGAUCUUGUUGAUGAUCUUGUAGAAGCAGAAGAUGCUCUACAAGAUGCAAUUUCUCCUUUCCUUGCCAAACUCUUCAGAAAAUUCUACAAAAAGCAAUAUCUCUGGUCCGACUUCGUCUCCUGCAUUGCUGAACUCGACUGCCUCAUCAGUCUCGCAAUUGUGUCCAAGUUCGAAGAUGACAUGGUUAAGCCAGUUGUCAUCCCAAGAUCUUGUGAUGCAUCAGACAGACCCAUUCUUGAACUGCAAGGUGUCAAACAUCCUUGUGUGUCGAAGAUGCUCAAAGGCGACUUCAUUCCCAACAAUGUCAGCCUAGGUGGAGACAGUCCGCUUGUCAACAUCAUCACUGGUCCGAACAUGGGUGGCAAGUCAACGCUGCUCAGACAGACUUGCAUUGCCAUCAUCAUGUGACAGAUCGGGUGCUUCGUGCCUGCAUCUUCAUGCAGAAUGACAUUGUUUGAUAGGAUUUUCACACGAAUCGGAGCCAGUGACAGGAUUCUCGAAAACAAAAGCACGUUCUUUGUCGAAAUGGAAGAAACCAAGACCAUCGUUGAGCAGUCUACACCAUACUCGCUUGUGAUCAUGGAUGAACUUGGAAGAGGCACUUCAACUUUUGACGGGUACAGCAUUGCACAUGCAGUGCUGAGUUACCAGGUGAAGCAGAAUCAGUGUCUGACUCUGUUCACAACCCACUACCACAUGCUAGUCGACUCUUUCAAAGACGAGGCUGAAGUCGAGAACUACAAAAUGAGUUGUGAAGUUGACUCUGAGACGCAUGAUGUGACUUUCUUGUACAAGUUCGAGAAGGGGUACGCAAAGGAGAGUCAAGGAAUUUAUGUGGCAAAGAUGGCUAAGAUACCGCUAAGCAUAUGUGAAAGAGCAAAAGUAAAAUGUGAUGAAUUCAAUGAUGGCUUAAAAGAGCUUGAAGUGAAAUGCAAAAUAAGAUCAAAGAGUAAAACUGAUAUUUAA